AUGCCUUCUGCGAACCUCGAAAAUACCAUGGCAAACGGUAACCAUGCCGCUGUGACCUCAAAGUCCGUGGGCCCUGAUUUUACCCCUACUCUUUACCAGGGUGUCAACCAGGACGAGCUAGCGGCGAAGGUCGACAAGUAUCUCAUCAACUAUGGCACCAAGUUCAACAAGGACGUCAUCGUUGGCAGCAAGGGCCUGUAUGUAUAUACUUCCAGCGGACGAAAAGUUCUCGACUGGACAUCCGGUCAGAUGUCAUGUCUCCUGGGACACGGGCACGCGGAGAUUGUCAAGGUUAUCCAUGACCACGCCAGCGAACUAGAUCACCUGUUCUCUGGCAUGGUGUCCCCUCCUGUCAUUUCCCUCGCUGAGCGUCUCUGCACCCUGCUACCGCCGGGUCUGGACAAAGCCUUCUUUCUCAGCACCGGCGGCGAGAGUAACGAGGCGGCAAUCAAGAUGGCCAAGGUGUUCACGGGCAAGUUUGAGAUUGUCGGCCUCGGGGCCAGCUGGCACGGCGUCACCGCCCAGGCAUUAGGCGUCCAGUAUCACUACGGUCGCAAAGGUCAGGGUCCGACGAUGCCAGGCAUGCACAUGCUGCCGGCGCCGAACGCCUACCGCUCCAUCUUCCGCAAUCCCGAUGGGUCCUAUGACUGGGAAGCCGAGCUGGAGUACGGGUGGAACAUGAUCGACCAGGCCUCCUGCGGGUCCCUGGCCGCAUGUAUCGUCGAGUGCAUCCAAUCGUCGGCCGGGAUGCACGUCCUCCCGCCGGGCUAUCUCAAGGCAUUGAAGAAGCACUGCGAACGCAGAGGGAUGCUCCUGAUUGUCGAUGAAGCUCAAACCGGCGUUGGGAGAUGCGGCGACCUCAUGGCUAUCAACCAGCAUGAUGUGGUCCCUGACAUUCUCACCCUCAGUAAGACGUUGGGCAACGGGCUGCCCUUGAGCGCGGUCGUUACGAGCGAGGAGAUUGAGCGAGUCUGCGUCGAAAGAGACUUUUGCUUCUACACCACCCAUGUCAAUGACCCUCUGCCCGCAGCGGUGGGCGACAAGGUUCUAGAGAUUGUCGUACGGGAUGACCUGGUUGGGCACUCGAGGGAGAUGGGAGCCCAUCUCCACGACGGUCUGAAACGCCUACAGGAAAGGUAUGGUUGCAUUGGCGACCUUCGUGGUCGAGGUCUAAUGGCGGGGGUUGAAAUUGUCGCCGACAGACAAACCAAGAAACCGGCCUUGGACGUGGCCAAGCAGAUUGGUGACAAGGCAUAUGAACUUGGGGUUUGGGCGAACCUCAGUAGUCACCCCAGCUUCGGAGGCACGUUCAGAAUCGCGCCGCCGAUAACAAUUACCAGGGAGCAGCUUGACCAAGGGCUAGAGAUGCUCGAAAAAGCAUUCGCUGGCACCCCGGGAACACAGCCUCUGUACUAG